UCCCGCAAGUUCCUCGGCGUGGACGCACUCACGCUCAAGAAGAUCGUGCCCCUGGGGCUCAUGUUCUUCUGCAUCCUCUUCAACUACACCAUCCUGAGGGACACCAAGGACGUGCUCGUCGUCACCGCCAAGGGGAGCAGCGCCGAGAUCAUCCCCUUCCUCAAGACGUGGGUCAACCUCCCCAUGGCCAUCGGCUUCAUGCUUCUCUACUCCAAGCUCGCCGACGUGCUCUCCAAGGAGGCGCUCUUCUACACCGUCAUCUUCCCCUUCAUCGCCUUCUUCGGCGUCUUCGGAUACGUGCUCUACCCUAUGCGCGACGCCAUCCACCCCACGGCGCUCGCCGACCGCCUCCUCGCGUCGCUCGGCCCCAGCUUCCUGGGGCCCGUCGCCAUCCUCCGCGUCUGGAGUUUCUGCCUCUUCUACGUCAUGGCGGAGCUCUGGGGCAGCGUUGUCAUCUCCGUCCUGUUUUGGGGAUUUGCCAAUCAGAUUACUACGGUUGAAGAGGCUAAAGAGUUUUACCCACUCUUCGGGCUUGGGGCCAAUGUGGCUCUCAUCUUCUCUGGUCGCACGGUGAAAUACUUCUCAAACAUGAGGCAGAAUUUGGGUCCAGGGGUGGACGGAUGGGCUAUAUCAUUGAAGGGCAUGAUGAGCAUCGUGGUUGUACUGGGUUUCGUCAUUGCCGGUAUCUAUUGGGGAGUGAACAAGUAUGUUAUUGAUAAAACAUCUCUGCCGGUCGAACGGAAGAAGAAGAAUAAGCCAAAGCUUAGUAUGGGGGAGAGUUUGAAGGUGCUGGUAUCAUCUCGAUAUGUGAGGGAUCUUGCCACACUGGUCGUUGCUUAUGGUAUAAGCAUCAACCUUGUAGAGGUGACAUGGAAAUCGAAAUUGAAGGCACAGUUCCCAAGUCCUAACGAGUAUUCUUCAUUCAUGGGCGAUUUCUCAACGGCUACUGGCAUAGCUACGUUUACAAUGAUGUUGUUAGGGAGAUUAAUUCUUAGAAAAUUCGGGUGGGGAGUUGCAGCUACAAUCACCCCUGCAGUGUUGCUUGUCACUGGAGUUGGAUUCUUCUCACUGCUUUUGUUGGGCGAGCCACUCACUCCUCUUCUAGCCACGUUUGGGAUGACGCCUUUGCUUGCGGCGGUCUUCGUUGGGGCACUACAGAACAUUUUCAGUAAGAGUGCAAAGUACAGUUUGUUCGAUCCUUGCAAAGAAAUGGCGUACAUUCCUUUGGAUGAGGACAUGAAGGUCAAAGGUAAGGCAGCAAUAGAUGUGGUAUGCAACCCACUGGGAAAAUCUGGAGGCGCCUUGAUCCAGCAGUUCAUGAUCUUGUCAUUUGGGUCUCUUGCCAACUCAACGCCGUACCUUGGAGGAAUAUUGCUGGUGAUUGUCAUCGCGUGGUUGGGCGCUGUAAGGUCCCUUGACUCGCAGUUCUCUCCCCUGGCAAAGCAAGACCUGGAGAGGGAACAGAAGCUGAAAGCAGAGGCGGUAGAAACGACGGCUCAAGUCGUUGGGACAGGGAACGGUUCCCUUCAAGAAAAUGUUGCUUCCACAAACGGUACGGUCAUCAAACAGUCGCAAGAACCCGAGAUCACUGCCCCUGAAAAAUCUGGCAAGCAGUCUUAAUAAGUUUCCACCCCCAGAAAUUUAGUUAGUACCGAGUUUUUGAUGGAACCAAAUGUUGCUUGGUUGGGCCUGCCAUGGGGAGCUGCUGGGAAAGGCAGUAGAGUGAUUGAUAAGAAAAAUAAGAUGGCCUGUUCUUCUGUUGUUGUAGCAUAUUUUUGACUUCAUGCAAGUAUCUAUAGCUGUUUACUGGGAGUAUCUGUAGCUGUUUGGUUUGUCGCUCCGUAGAUAUGAAACUAUUUUUCUUGAUUUUUUUAUAUUACAAUUUUGCGGAAAAUCUGCUUUCACA